CGGAAGAGCUAGUGGCUGCCCCCGCCUCAGGCUCUUGGUUUCGUGCGCGGGACCGGCUGCCUUUGCUACUUCUCUUUCAUUAUAUUCAUGUUCUGAUAAGGGUGUGAAAAGGAACCAUGGAUCCUGCAGCAUUGGUGGAAGCUGUUGUGGAAGAAGUAGUCUGUCCCAUCUGCAUGACCUUCCUGAGAGACCCUGUGAGCAUCGACUGUGGCCACAGCUUCUGCCACGGCUGUCUCUCCAGACUCUGGGAGGUCCCAGGAGAAUCCCAGAACUGGGCUUACACCUGUCCCCUCUGUCGAGCUCCUGUCCAGCCAAUGAACCUGAGGCCUAAUUGGCAGCUGGCCAAUAUUAUAGAAAAAGUCCGUCUAUUAAGGCUACAUCCAGGAAUGGGGCUGAAGGGUGAUGUGUGUGAACGCCAUGAAGAACAGCUAAAGGUGUUCUGCAAAGAGGAUGGCCUGGUGAUGUGUGAGGCCUGCUGCCGAUCCCCAGAGCAUGCAGCCCACAGUAUCGUGCCUGUGCAGGAUGUUGCCUGGGAGUAUAAGUGGAAACUCCAUGAGGCUCUAGAACAUCUGAGGAAAGAGCAAGAAGAGGCCUGGAAGCUGGAAGUUGGUGAGAGGAAACGAACGGCCAACUGGAAGAUACAGGUUGAAACUCGAAAGCAGAGUAUCAUGUGGGAGUUUGAGAAAUAUAAGCGAUUGUUAAAGCAUGAGCAGCCAUCAGGUCGGCAGCUGGAGGGUGAGGCAGAGGCAGCUCUGGCCAGCCUGGAGCAGGAGGAGCGGGAGGCCCUGCAGAAACUGCAGAUGAACCAUGAUGAGCUCGCCCAGCAGAGCAGGGUCCUGUGGAGGAUGAUUGCAGAGCUGGAAGAGAGGUCACAGUGGCCUGUCCGCUGGAUGCUGCAGGGUGUUAAGGAAAUCUUACACAGGAGCAAGUCUUGGAGUCUGCAGCGGCCAGAACCAGUGUCCCUGGAGCUGAAGACGGAUUGUCGUGUGCUAGGGCUAAGAGAGAUCCUAAAGACGUAUGCAGCCGAUGUGCGCCUGGAUCCAGACACUGCUUAUUCACGCCUCAUCGUGUCAGAAGACAGAAAAUGUGUGCACUAUGGAGACACCAAGCAGAAUGUGCCCGACAAUCCUGAGAGGUUUUACCGCUAUAACAUUGUCCUAGGCAGCCAGCGUAUCUCCUCAGGGCGGCACUACUGGGAGGUGGAGGUGGGAGAGAGGUCUGAAUGGGGCCUGGGGGUUUGUAAGGAAAGUGUAGACCGGAAGGAGGUGGUCUGUUUAUCCCCACACUAUGGUUUCUGGGUGAUAAGGCUGAGGAAGGGAGAUGAGUACCGAGCAGGCACUGAUGAAUACCCGCUCCUGUCCCUGCCAGUUCCCCCUCGCCGGGUGGGAGUCUUCCUGGAUUAUGAAGCCUAUGAUAUCUCCUUCUACAAUGUGACUGAUAACGGCUCCCACAUUUUUACUUUUCCCCACUGUCCCUUCCCUGGGCCCCUCCUACCCUAUUUUAGUCCUUGCUAUAGCAUUGGAGCCAACAACACUGCUCCUCUAGCCAUCUGCUCCCUGGAUGGGGAGGACUAAGAGAGUUACUAUCCUGACAAGAGACCUCGCAGUUUGGCUUGGCCUGUGGGGGUCUUGGAGGACCCUGCCACUGAGGACCCUGUCACCCGUCACCCUUGAACUGAGCUGAGCCUAGAUCCAGGAAUUCCCUUGCCUGGCCCGGUGGUCUCUUGCUACUAAUCUGGUGUAUACUACUAAACCACUCAUGUUAAAAAGCAGGGAACUAGUCAGAUGAGUUCUGCACCCCCUAAGGAAAUGGGACAGGGCUGACAGUGAGGAUCAGAACCUUACCCUUACUUGUUAGGGUAAGGAUCAGCACUUUGUUCUCUAGCUCACACCCUUCUUCCUUAGUUCCUAUCUAGUGCCAUAAUUAAGUCAGUGAGGACGAUGAAGUGGGUACAAUCUUCAGAAAACCUUUAAAUAGGGUUUACCAGCAAACCAAAAGAACACUGUUCAUAUCCAAAGCUGGCUGCUCUGCUGAGACCACUCAGGAAUGCUUCCCCGAGGUUUGCUGCAACCGAGCAACCUAUACAUGACCCUUGCUCUCUGACUCCUUGACUAGAGAAAUGCAGUCCAGCAGAGAAUAUAGGACCUGCUAGACCAACCCCACUGUCGUCCCCUCUCUGAGCAUGAGCUGGGAAGGUCACCAUCUUUCAGGCUUUUAAGGAGGCCAGUGUCCUAGUCCUAUCUGCUUCUGUAAUUGGAAGGAUCAGAAAACUUGAGAACCUUAUUUUUUUAUUUUCACUUUAUGGAUGAAGAAACAAAUGGCUUUAAUGAAGCAAGUUAUUUCUUACAAGGCUGUUGAAGACAAGAUAAUAAAAAUUAUAAAUUAUUUUUCACAUUCAAAUGAAAUGAGAUUGACAAACUCCCUUCUCAUGUCACGUGUCUUCACAUCAUUUAUUCAUUGGGGUCUGAAACAUCUCACGAGUUCAAAAUGUUUUAAGUGUUCUCAUUGCAGAAAAGUGUGUAAUUCAGCAUAAAACCACAUAUUCUACCACUUAGAAUUGUUGUACAGAUCCCAGAUCCUAUCCCAUGCUUUUCUUCCUUUCUCAGGGAUACAGGAAGGCAGGCUGUGGGUUUUGCCUGUGGUGACCUACCCAUUGUGCUGUGUUAUGCCCAGGAUCUUUACAACAGUGCCUUUGUCUCUUAGGGCCUCUCCUGGCAGUCUACAGUGCUGUAGACAGAAAGGUGCCCAUGCCAGCAGCACACUGUGGGCCUCAGUAGAAUAUUGUCCAUUGGGUUACAUGAGUUUGGUUUUGGAUUAGAACACAACUGUGAUCUCAGAGUAGUAAAUGGGGAUAAUAAAAAAGAAAAAAAAAAAAGUAAAACAAGUGAACAGAAAGAAAGGCUCAUGCACCAACAAGUUAGGCUAAAAUUUGGAUCUUUUGAUGGUGUCAGGAGAAUUUUCAUGGUUCCGGAAACUAUAAAAUAUUCACCUUGCCUUUCUGUUCUCUGAAUCUAUGCCAGAAGGAGGAAUAGAAGAGGAAGAGAGGAAGUGUGGGGAGAAAGAAUGGGUCUGGGCUCCCCCCCCAAAAAAAAAAAACUAGUUUGGGAACCCUGUAUUAUUACCUGGUGAAAAGGAAUUAAGAUUUUCUACCUGGACAGUUAACUUUAGAAUGAUUGUUAUGUGUGGAAGGGAAGGUUGUACCAAAACAAUUUAUUAAAAGUCUUAAGGGUGUGAUGUGGAAGUGAUCGUAGCUGGAAAUAAACUGUGAGGCAAGCAUAUGAGAAUUAUUGGCUCUGUUUAUUGAGAAGGGCAACAUUAUGUAUGAUAUGACAUUAUGUGUUGUCACCAUAGUGUUAUGUAACACAACCUGUGAUGUAGUACAAGCUUGAAGAUAGUGCUUGUUGGGUUAGGAUGGGGCAAGAAAUACAUGUAAGGUUAGCUGUAAGCAGAAGCAAAGUGGCUUCAAUUGACUAUGACAAGGAAUAUUAAAAAUUGUGCUUCUACUUUAAUUAUAUUGGCUGUUCAUGUAUAAAGAAGGUGAAACAGGCCAAAAUGGAGAAAUGACUCAUUCUAGCCACUAAGCUUCCAAGUUGCUUCUGCAACAUUAGGAGCAGAAGGAGAGAAGUUUCUAUCAACUGCUUGGUGGAGUGAUAUGGUGAGCCACAGACAUGAUCCCAGCAAAGGAUGGAGUCUUCUUACAUUAGAGGGACUAUCUGACUUUCUGUGGGGUGAUCUAUUGGGCAAUAGAGUUGAGGAAGAGGUCAGAAAGCACUAGUGACCCUACAUGCUUAGAAGAGGGUUGAGAUAAAUCGUUCUUUUACUAUGUUCUGUCCUUAGACACUUAGAAGAGGUUGAGACGAAUCAUUGUUGUUCUUUUACUGUGGUCUUAUUAGAGCAAAUUUUGGAAGAUUCCAAGAA